AUUUGAAUGAUCGAAUUACGUUGUUAUUUUGGGGCUAAAGUGUAAUUAUUGAAACUUAAGGGCAUGUUUUCAACUUUUUUUUUCUCCUGUCACACUCGCCUUCGCCGUCGCCUCCUUGUUCGUGGAGAUCUAUCGUCUGAGAUUUUUCUCUACUGCUCUUAUCAAGUUGAUAAAAAUCGAAGCUUUCCAAGACAAGAAAAUCUCCAAUCCUUAAUCUUCAGUAGGCUGUCAUGUCCGAGAAGCCACCACGAAUCGCUGACAUCAUGCGUGUAAGCUCGCAUCGUGAGGUCUACGAACCAUGCGAUGACUCAUUCGCUCUAGUCGAUGCACUACUCGCCGACCAGACCAACCUUAUAAACCACAACCCCAACCUUUGUAUGGAGAUCGGAUGCGGAAGCGGAUACGUCAUCACGUCCCUCAUCCUCCUCCUCAAACCCAAACUCCCCAACGUCCAUUACCUAGCCACCGACACAAACCCCAUCGCCGCACGCGUAACAAACCAAACUCUAGAAGCACACGGAGUCAAAGCCGAGAUUGUCUGCACGGACAUAGCUUCUUGUCUAGAAGAGAGACUCGCUGGUUUGGUGGACGUGAUGGUGGUGAACCCUCCUUACGUUCCUACGCCCGAGUACGAAGUUGGUAUGGAAGGUAUAGCCUCUGCUUGGGCUGGAGGAGAGAACGGGAGGAGCGUUAUCGAUAGAAUGUUACCUGUGGUUGAUCGUUUGCUUUCGGAGAAGGGGUGGUUCUACUUGGUGACGUUGAGUUCUAAUUACCCGGCGGAGAUUUGUCUGAUGAUGAGGAAGAGAGGCUUCGCGUGGAGGAUCUUGGUUCAGAGGUCGACAGAAGAGGAGAAUCUCGUUAUACUCAAGUUCUGGAGAGACGGAGAUGAGGUGAGCUUGGAGAAGGAGACGUCAACAGCUUCGUUGGUGUCGGAGUUUUCGAGAUCUUUGUCAUCGUUUAUGGAGAAACAAUGGCGGUGAGAACUUGAUGAUCUCAGGAGCAUUCUUUGUUGUUACAAGAACUUGUAAUGUUGUUGCAAACACUUUGAUUCUUUGAGGUGUUGGUCUAGUGUUCAUUUUUUUAUGAAAACCCGGUUACGUGUUUGUCUAUUUACCAAAACCGAAUUAAAUCAGUGUUUUUAAAA